CAGACAGAACCUUGUAUCCUUCAGCCUACGCCUCUCCGACAUCAUGAAGGUCUUGAUUCUGUUGGCUCUUGUAGCCUUGGCCUCCGCCAGGCCUCAGUUUCUUCCAUACACCGCUCCACUGGUGGUGAAAACUGCUGCAGGAUCUCCGAGCCUCACAUCCUACACUGCGGCCUAUCCUUACACCGGCCUACCCUUCGCUGCUCGUGGCUUCCCCUUCACAGCCGGCACCUACACUCCCAAGACCUACGGUGCCGAUAUCUACACUCCCUUGACCUACUCCGCUGGGAUUUUCAAGGGGGUCGGAGACAAGAGAACCAAGCGCUCAGCAGAUGCUGAUGCUGAUCCUCAGUUGGUCUUCACCACUGGAAUUCCCCAGGUGUACUCCAGCGGUAUCCCUCAAGUGUACUCCAAUAUCCCCAAGGUUUACUCCAGCGGUAUCCCUCAGGUUUAUUCCGCUGGUAUCCCUCAGGUGUACUCUAAUAUCCCCAAGGUUUACUCUAGCGGUAUUCCUCAGGUCUACACCGCCGGUAUCCCUCAGGUUUACUCCACCGGCAUCCCCCAGAUAUACUCGAAAACCGGUACUCCUCAGGUAUACACCGCCACUCCCACUGGAGCAACCAACAUUCCCUUCGCUGGCUACAGCUUCCCUUACACGUACAGCGUCCCAACUAUCAGCUCCCCGAGUCCCACUACAAGCUUCGUGGCUCCCUACAGCAGCGGCUUCCCCCUCGUCACACCCAUUGUAACACCCGUCAAAGUUAAGACUGAGGUUAAGGACAAUUAA